AUGGAACCAAUGGGGACUCAUUUGCGGAGGAGAGAAGGGCUGGGAGGGGAACCGGAGGAGCGACCCUCUGGAGAAGGAAACACUGAGACGCACAGAGCCCCAGACUUGGUGCAAUGGACCCGACAUAUGGAGGCAGUGAAGAUGCAAUUGUUGGAGCAAGCACAGGAAAAGCUGGUGGAGCUGCUGGAUCGGGCCAUAUGGGAGGCCAUACAAUCCCACCCACCACAAGACAGACCUCUGCCCUCCCCUCACCCAGCUCCCUUAAGCAAGACCCAGAAGCCAUCCUUUGGAAGACGGAAAGUUUUCGUCAUCCGCAAAUCCUUGCUUGAUGAGCUGAUGGAGGUGCAGCAUUUCCGUACCAUCUACCACAUGUUUAUUGCCGGCCUGUGUGUCUUCAUCAUUAGCACCCUGGCCAUCGACUUCAUUGAUGAGGGCAGGCUGGUGCUGGAGUUUGAUCUGCUGAUCUUCAGCUUCGGACAGCUGCCCCUGGCGCUGGUGACGUGGGUCCCCAUGUUCCUGGCCACUCUGCUGGCGCCCUACCAGGCCCUGCGGCUGUGGGCCAGGCCCAGGGCAGGGGGCGCCUGGAUGCUGAGGGCGGUCCUGGGCUGUGUGCUGCUGGCUGCCCACGCUGCGGUGCUCUGUGUGCUCCCAAUCCACGUGGCAGUGAAGCAUGAGCUCCCGCCAGCCUCGCGUUGCAUCCUAGUCUUUGAGCAGGUCAGGCUCCUGAUGAAAAGUUACUCCUUCCUGAGAGAGGCUGUGCCUGGGACCCUUCGUGCCAGAGGACGUGAGGGCAUCUGGGCCCCCAGUUUCUCCAGCUACCUCUACUUCCUUUUCUGCCCCACACUCAUCUACCGGGAGACUUACCCCAGGACACCCAGCGUCAGGUGGAAUUACGUGGCCAAGAACUUUGCCCAGGCCCUGGGCUGUGUGCUCUAUGCCUGCUUCAUCCUGGGCCGCCUCUGUGUUCCUAUCUUUGCCAACAUGAGCCGGGAGCCCUUCAGCACGCGGGCCCUGCUGCUCUCUAUCAUGCAUGCCACUCUGCCAGGCAUCUUCAUGUUGCUGCUCAUCUUCUUCGCCUUCCUGCACUGCUGGCUCAAUGCUUUUGCAGAGAUGCUGCGGUUUGGAGACAGGAUGUUCUACAGGGACUGGUGGAACUCAACAUCCUUCUCCAACUACUACCGCACUUGGAACGUGGUGGUCCACGACUGGCUGUACAGCUACGUGUAUCAGGAUGGGCUGUGGCUCCUUGGUGGCCGGGGCCGAGGGGCAGCCAUGCUGGGCGUGUUCCUGGUCUCUGCAGUGGUGCAUGAGUACAUCUUCUGCUUUGUCCUGGGAUUCUUCUACCCCGUCAUGCUGAUGCUCUUCCUUGUCAUUGGGGGGCUACUGAACUUCACAAUGAAUGACAGGCACACGGGCCCCGCGUGGAAUGUGUUGAUGUGGACCUUACUCUUUCUGGGCCAGGGCAUCCAAGUCAGCCUGUACUGCCAGGAAUGGUAUGCACGACGGCACUGUCCCCUGCCCCAGACAACCUUCUGGGGGCUGCUGACACCUCGAUCUUGGUCCUGCCAUGCCUAG